AAUACACACACCCCACACACGCACACGCAGCCCGCACCCUGGCUCCCGCGUCGCCGCUCCGCGCCGGGGGGGAAGAUGAGCUCAGGGGACGUCGUUUGCACUGGAUGGCUCAUUAAAUCACCCCCCGAGAAGAAACUCAAGAGAUACGCAUGGCGGAAGCGCUGGUUCGUGCUGCGCAGGGGCCGCAUGAGUGGCAACCCAGAUGUGCUGGAGUACUACAGGAACAACCACUCCAAAAAGCCUAUUCGCAUCAUCGACCUCAACGAGUGCGAAGUGCUGAAGCACUCAGGACCCAACUUCAUCAAGAAGGAGUUUCAGAACAACUUUGUCUUUAUUGUGAGAACCACCUACCGCACCUUCUACCUGGUAGCCAAAACUGAAGAGGAGAUGCAGGUCUGGGUGCACAACAUCAGCCAGAUCUGUAAUUUUGGACAUCUAGAAGAUGGUACAGGUUCAGUGGAGAGCCUGUCCCACACGACCUCAUCCCCGCAGCCGUCGCCAGCCGCCUCCACCCACGCCUCGCACAUCGCCGAUCCCUCCUUCUCUGUAGACCAUGCUGCUGCUGAUGCCUCUGCUGCAGAGGAGACCCCCAGCGAGUCGGAGUCGGUCUUUCUCCCCGACUACCUCUUCCUCUCCAACUGUGAGUCGGGCAAGCUCAGCCACAACAGGUGUGACAGCUGGUCGAAUUCAGACAGAUCUCUGGAGCAAACCUCUUCAGAUGAUGUUUUUGUCGACUCCUUGCAGUCCCAGCCCUCCUUGUACCUUGUACAGCCAUCCAGCACUGGCACUGUGCACCAGGACGGGGCCCCACUGGCAAAUCCUAACUCUGUGUCCAGGAAUGUAGACAUUAGCGGGCCACCCAGUGACUUUUCCUCCUCUUCUCCAGUGCUGGGGACACCACUGACACCAACCUUACAGAUUGACAAAAGCCAAAAUGCACUGCCCUAUGGUGUAACCCAGCUGGAUGUCCUGUCCAACACACCCCCGCCGCGGCCACCCAAGCCAACCCACUUCUCAGACAGAAGAGGUGAUGAGGUGGGUGGUGGCACCUUCCAGAAUGGGCAUGCGAUCUGCCGGGCUCAGGUUGCUCUGGUGCCCAGGAGGAUCUCCUUGUCCAGCUUAGACAAUGUGAGGAACUGGAAAGCAGACAUGGAAGGCAGUUCCUUAAGAAGUCGAGAUAAGAGGCUUAGCUUGAAUUUGCCCUGUCGGUUCUCCCCACUCUACUCGACUGCUUCGGACAGCACAGAGGACAGCUACGUGCUCAUGCGCCCCAGCAACUCUCCCUCUGCGCCUGGCUCUGACUGUUCACCUGAUGGCUACAUCCCCAUGAGCCCUGGCUCGGCCACAUUUACAUUCUCUGUUGGCAGCACUGAAAAGCUCACCAGCCCCUUACCUGAGCUGCCCUCAGACCUGGAGCCCCCUCCAGUGAACCGAGACCUCAAGCCUCGUAGGAAACCACGGCCACCUCCUCUGGAUCUGAGGAACCUCUCCACAAUCCGGGAGCAUGCCACCGUGACCAGGAUGUGGACUGUGCCUUACAAUCGAAUGAGCUUUAUCUCACCAGAAAGAGACGGUAUUAAUUCAGCAAGAAUAUUUGCCAAUUCAGUUUCCGGAGAAGAGGAAGAAAGUUACAUUCAUAUGGAACACAGACAGGCAACAUCUCCGUACAGUGGUGCUUUUCCAUGGACAAGGAAAUCUAACCUUGAUUACUUAGCAUUGGAUUUUAAUUCUGCUUCCCCAUCCCCUGUACAGAAGAAACCUUUUCUCUCUGAAGAGCAGAGAGUGGACUAUGUCCAGGUAGAUGAGCAGAAGACUCAAGCUUUACAGAACACUAAGCAGGAAUGGACAGAUGAGAGGCAAUCAAAAGUUUAAAGAAAGAUCUGGAAUCUGGAGGAUUUUGUUUUGCACUGGAACCACACUGUUAAUGAAGCAGCUAUCUCAGUAGAGUUCAAAGGCAGAGUCGUAAGAUGCUUACAGCCAUAAAGGAAUGUCAUUUUUAAUGGAAACCUUUGAUUUCAGCUGGAAAUAGUAUGUUGAAUGAGUGAGUGGUUCACUGAUGAAGUAAUGCAUUAUCCUUUUUAUUGCCCUUACCAGUAAGCUACAUGGUACCAUUUUCUGGCAUGAUUCUGCAGUGAGUCAUACACUUCAUGCUAACAAUCCACUACAUGUUGCAUUAAUCUAGUUAGUCUUGCCUUCUCCCUCUGUUGCAUAAUUCCUAGUUGCUAGAACUAUUUUUUUGAUAUUCCUACAAAUACUGCAGGUGCUCAGAGUGCUUUUAUGGCAGCGGGCAUCUGACAGGUGUUGGUGACUAAUCAACUAAGGGCUAAAAUACUGAAACAAUAAAAAGAACUUUUUGAAUAUAUAGUGCUUAAGCAAAGAGAAUUUUGGAAAAUACUUUCCCC